UCUCCCCACCUUCACCCAGUAUGUUACCUGCCACACCAGAGACAAUAAAACAUUGGACUUAUUGUAUGCCAACACCAAGGAGGCAUACAGCUCCUCACCUCUCCCUCCCCUGGGGGGCUCAGAUCACAAUCUGGUUCAUCUCCAGCCUGUGUAUAAACCUCUAGUACACAGAGAACCAGUUGUGAAACGCACAGUAAGGAAAUGGUCAGCAGAGACUGAAGAGGCCCUGAGGGACUGUUUCUGUUCUACUGUGUGGGACAACCUCUGCAGGCCCCUGGAGGAUGACCUCAACAGCAUCACAGACUGCAUUACGGAUUACAUGAACUUCUGUAUGGACAACACCGUACCCAUCAUAAAGUCCUCUCACCCUAUGACAGUUGGGAAGGCUCGAGCCCUCCAGCCUCCAGGAUAAGCAGAGGAAAAUGGACGGAUGGGUUCCCUCCCAGAGCCUGGUUCUGCCAGAGGUUUCUUCCUGUUAAAAGGGAGUUGUUUCCUUUUUUAUGUUCAUUUAAAUAAUUGUUUGUGGGGUUUUUUGGAGGGGGGGUUUGUGUGAAUAGAGCUGUGGCUGUAAGGUUGUUUAUGCCUGUCAUGUUGCUAAUCCCAGGUGGGGAGCCCUAACAGCCUUGUUUAGCCUUUGGGACUUCUGAGGCAGCUGACAGAUACUGGCAGGUCAACUAGAGUGCAGGUCUGGAGGUCGUUGAACCCAUGGAAUCAGACUUUUGGUCAGCUUUGAUUACUGUGGCAAUCUAGUACAGGUGGCCAUUUCAGCCCUGAGCUGAGGUGAAGAAAAAAUUAAAAAAAUCAUUUCCCUAAAAUUGCCCUGCAAAGUGAGAAUACUCAAACACACACACACACACACACACACACACACACACACACACACACACAAUUAAAGCAACAAUUUCUAUAAUGAGAAGGUUAAGCAAGUGUUUUGAAGCAGGUGUUUCUUACCAUUCCUCCAGGGACAAUUAUAUUUCUGUGCUUUUUGCAUUUAAACCCACAAAGGUACCUAAAAACAAGUCCCUUUGGUAUUCUUUGUGUUGUUGUGUGUUACAUUUUUAAUUCUGAUGCUCUGAUGUAACUCGGCCUAAUUAAAGUUCUCUGGUCACUCAUUGGAUAGUUGUUUUUUCUUGAAAAGGCAGAAUGUGGAGCAGUGGACUUGUGUCCUGUUUAGAGAUCCAGAGAUGGAGCUUUGGACAUUUGAUAUUCCAGCCCAAAGUCCCAGAGAUUUCCCGCCUUUGUCAACCAAUCACAGAUCUAGUUCUGCUAACGGGACCUUGGAACUCAGUGGUGUCACGUUCUUUAUCAUCCAGGGCCUCACAAACCUCGAUGAGAAAAAGAUAAUCCUUUUUUCCAUCCUGUUGCUGAUUUACAUCAUGAUCCUGGGAGGAAACAGCAUCAUCAUCUAUGUGGCACUGACGGAUCCAAAGCUCAACUCUCCACUGUACUUCUUCCUCUGCAACCUCUCCUUUGUGGACAUGGUCUACACCACUACCACCAUCCCCAACAUGCUAUCUGGCUUACUGACAGAUAUCUUAACCAUCUCUGUCCUGGGCUGCUUCCUCCAGAUGUACUUCUUCAUUCAAUUAUCUGUUACCGGCCGUGCCAUUCUCACAGUCAUGGCAUACGAUCGCUACGUGGCGAUCUGCACCCCUCUGCAAUACAACAGCAUCAUGACCCGGCCUGUCCGACUGCUACUUGUUGCAGGAGCCUGGGGAUUUGGUGCAGUUUGCACACUUCCUGCUACUGUGAUUGCCUUUGAGAGGCCUUACUGUGGCCCAAAUGUGGUGAAACAUGCCUGGUGCGACCCAUCUUCUGUAAGGCGGCUUGUGUGUGGUGACACCUCUUUGGAUAACAUUGUGUCUCUCUCUUUUGCAAUGGUGGCGCUGCUGACCACAGGUAUCCUCAUACUCUCCUCCUACAUCUUGAUUGGUGUUUCCAUAUCCAGGAUGGUUGUUGCUCAGAGGCUGAAGGCGUUCAGAACAUGUGCUGCCCACCUGACUGUGGUGUCCAUCUCUUAUGCGGCAGCCUCAUUUGUAUACAUUUCCUACCGAGUGGGAAACUUUUCACCAGAGGUGCGGAUCAUUGUGUCUGUGCUGUACUCUGCUCUGACUCCAUUCCUGAACCCGAUGAUCUAUAGUCUGAGGAACAAAGAGCUGCGAGAGUCUAUCAGAAGGACUUUGGGCAGGUUCAGACCUGCUGCUGUGUUGCCCACCAAGGAAAUCAGCACUUUGUCCUGAUCAAGUGUCUCACACAAAACAUAUUUAGAAACUGUGAUCCUUUAAUUACAUUGUUGAUUGUGCCAAUAAUAAUAAUAAAUGUCCAUUUGUUUAUGUACUGAUGAGCUCAUAUAUAAAAUCUGAUAAAGUACUGCAUUAAUUUGUUAACAUUUUGUACUUGUGGUUCCCUUGUCUCAGUCACUUUCUUUUAAUGUUUGA